GAAUAUCGGUCCACGGAGAGAUAGUUCACUUUUCAGCACCUCCGGGCAUGGCUGUCAUUGGUCCGCGGCUAUGUCGGUUAGCGCGCCUAGCGGCUUCCAGAACUGCAAUUGAGCUGCCAAGUCACGGCGGAACGCGAACUUGACAAACGAGACCUGCGGUAGUGUCUCAGAAUAAUUCCAACGCUCAUCGUUGCUUAUGCCCAUUGCGCAUGGGAAUCGAACCCUCAUUUUGUCCUACUGUACUAUACUACUAACUGACUGAGGGCUCAAAGAUGACGGACAAGCUCCCCCCUCCGCUCCUCGCCCUCUUUCAGCCUCGUCCACCCUUACGCUAUGUUACUCCCAUUGACCGUGCACCGGAGGACUGUAAGAAGAGUACACUCGGCGGUAUCGCACAGUAUCUCCCGGACUUGAAGGAGUACGAAGAGGAGUACCCGUACAAUGCUACAGAGAGUUGGAUCCAGCGAAAAUUGCGACAAAAGCAGGAGAAGAAGGAAAACAUCGACAAACACUUGACAGACGGCAUUCAUACAUUCGACCCUUCGAACGACCCGCAAGCUCGAGGCGACCCUUUCAAAACACUUUUUGUGUCUCGUCUUAGUUACGAUGUCAAGGAGUCCGAUCUUGAAAGAGAGUUCGGCCGGUUUGGGCCUAUUGAGAGGAUCCGUAUCGUCAAAGACACUGUAACCCCGAAGGGUUCGAAGAAGCCGCACAAGGGAUACGCUUUUAUCGUUUACGAGCGCGAGAAGGACAUGAAAGGUAUUACUACAAAUGACCAACACCUUUACUGGCCACAGGUAUCUGCGUCUUGAGAUCGUUUUGCUGACAUGAUAUACUUCUGAUGGUUCCAGCCGCUUACAAGGAGACGGAUGGCAUUCGUAUCAAAGACCGACGUGUCUUGGUUGAUGUAGAACGUGGUCGCACUGUCAAGGGCUGGAAGCCUCGGCGCUUCGGCGGCGGUCUUGGAGGCCGUGGUUACACCAAAGCACUGCCGUCGCGUCCUAUUGGCCCUGGAUCAUUCGGUGCUCCCUCUGGACCUGGAGGUUACGGCGGUGGCUUCCGGGGUGGCUUCGGUGGUGGUGGU